CCGAGUAUUCAUCUAAAAUCUUUCCGAAAACCGCCAUCUGGCAGCUCUGUGGAUUUCAUUCUGUCAUUUUUUUAAUCAAAAACAGCUGACCUUUUGUAUUCUAGGAGUAAAGGGUGUUUGUGAAUUUCAAAGCAUACCAGCUGCUUUCAUUUCACAAAUUGUUUAAAUUUAGCAAGGACUAAGUAAUUUAAGAAAUUUUAAAUGUGUUCAACUUUGGCACAGACACGCGGAUGCAAUCAAAAAUGAGGGCAAUACACGGCAGCACAUGCUUUAAAGUAGUGAAAAGCGUUUGUUGUUGUUGUUGCUAAUAAUGAAGUGGCUAUUGUGUUGGCAUAAAAAACUCAAGAAAAUGCUGAUAGGCUGGAAGCCUUUGCAUUGGUUUGCAUUCAGUGCACUUUGUUUGCUAGCGUUGGGCACUUACUGGUUCAUUUGGUCAUCUGAGGUGCGCAUAGAGGAGACAUGGAACAAUGCUAUCAAACCUUUGGGCAAAAUAGCAACGGCAGUUAAUAGUGGUUCAAACCAUGUUCACCCAGGCACUUUAUCAUUGGAUAACUUCGACUAUGAAGAAGAAUUAGUAGUGCUAUACAAUCGGGUGCCCAAAACGGGCUCCACAAGUUUUGUCAACAUCGCUUAUGAUUUGUGCAAGCGUAAUAAAUUUCAUGUCUUGCAUAUAAAUGUGACAGCAAAUAUGCAUGUAUUAUCGCUGCCCAAUCAGAUUACUUUUGUGCGUAAUGUCACUAAGUGGCAUGAAAUGAAGCCUGCUCUCUAUCAUGGUCAUAUGGCAUUUUUGGACUUUUCCAAAUUUCAAAUUGCGCACAAACCUAUUUAUAUAAAUAUAGUUCGUAAGCCAUUGGAUAGGCUAGUUUCAUACUAUUAUUUUCUACGCUAUGGUGAUAAUUAUCGUCCGAAUUUAGUACGUAAAAAGGCGGGUAAUAAAAUUACUUUCGAUGAGUGCGUUUUGUCGAAACAACCAGACUGUGAUCCAAAGAACAUGUGGCUGCAAAUACCAUUCUUUUGCGGACAUGCAGCCGAGUGCUGGGAACCCGGCAGUGAAUGGGCAUUAAAUCAAGCAAAGCAUAAUCUGGUGAAUGAAUAUUUUCUGGUCGGUGUCACUGAGCAAAUGGAAAAUUUUGUCGAUUUGCUUGAGCGUUCUUUGCCACGUAUAUUUCACGGUUUCCGCGAGCACUAUCAACAUUCCAACAAAUCACAUUUGCGUCAAACGUCAUGGAAGAUUGCCCCGAACGCUGAUACGAUCAGCAUUAUACAGAAAUCGAAAAUCUGGCAAAUGGAAAAUGACUUGUAUGAAUUUGCUUUGGCUCAAUUUGAAUAUCAAAAGCGCAAAUUGACGGUGCCCGAUAAUAAGCACUUGCAAAAGUAUAUGUAUGAAAAAAUUAGACCGAAAUGAUAGCAAAUGAGAUAUGCUUAUGCAAAAGCAUCAAAGACGCGCAAGAAAUGCACAAAUACAUAAAUUAAAAAUAAAUGUAUAUGUGCAGGGUAUCUGUGGAGCAGGUUUGGUGGGGCAUAAUUAGUAGUGUUGAGCACUACAUACAUAUACACAUAGGAAUUCUACAUACUUGUGGACAUAUAAACUUGUUGUUUUCAUAAUGUACUUCUAGUACACUCUAUUUUAUCAACCCUCCAUUAAGUUUAGUCACUUAUUUUACGCGCAUAUGUAU